AUGGGAAGAACAGAAAAUCCAAAGUUGAGGUUAAAUGUAAAAGAAAUGCAGAAUUUUGAAACGGCAUUUACUAGUACAGGUUAUUGUGAGACUUACCUUGGAUGUGAGCAAGAACUGAAACGCAGAGAGCAUGAACAGGAAGAGGAAUUGACUGCUUUAAAUAGUUAUAGUCAAGGAGACAUAGAAGGAUCAAGAAGACUGGGCCGCAAUGCACUCUGGGUUGCUGUUGCAUCAAUCAUCAUCGGCCUUCUGAUUAUUGGGAUCUACUGCGUAGUACACUUCACAACGGCUCCUCAAGAGAGAGAGGAAUUUCUAGCUUGGCAGCAAGAUCUGGAAGUGAGUGAAAAAGCCCCUAUUCAAGAUCGACCAACAGUCUUUCGCUGGACUGUCAAAAACUGGAAUAAACUUCCUCUUACAAGAAGCCACAAUAACUUUGUUGCAAUCCUGGAUUUGCCAGAAGGUGAGCACCAGUACAAGUUCUAUGUGGAUGGUCAAUGGACACAUGAUCCUUCGGAGCCAGUAGUAACCAGCCAGCUUGGUACUGUUAACAACAUCAUUCAGGUGAAGAAAACUGACUUUGAAGUAUUUGAUGCUUUAAUGGUGGACUCCCAGAAGUGUUCAGAGAUGUCUGAGAUAUCUAGCUCCCCACCAGGACCCUACCAUCAGGAUCCCUAUAUUUGUAAACCAGAGGAACGAUUCAAGACUCCACCUAUUCUUCCACCACACCUGCUGCAAGUGAUCCUGAAUAAGGACACUGGCAUUUCUUGCGAUCCAGCUCUGCUUCCUGAGCCUAAUCAUGUCAUGCUGAACCACCUCUAUGCACUUUCUAUCAAGGAUGGAGUAAUGGUGCUUAGUGCCACCCAUCGGUACAAGAAAAAAUACGUGACUACUUUGCUGUACAAGCCAAUAUGAUGGGUCCUGCAUUUAGUAACCAGGUAUCCUGGGAAUGAUGAAGUGCUGGAGGAAACAAAUUCUUUGCUAUACCAAAAUGUGCAUGAUCUAGCCUAUCGUAAACACUCUGAUUUCAUACAGGUUUAAAGACUUCACAUUUGUCUAAUUUUUGCCUUGUUCUCCAGUCCCACCUGGAAAUUUUCAGAUUCAGCCAGGACCAAACACCUGAUCGGUGGUGUUGCCAUUUUUUCAGCUCAGUAACAAUCACUUGGGAUCUAUUAGUGAAAUCAUGCUGGAAAAUACAGGGAUAGUGAUGGCUCAGAUGUGGUUCAUGAGUGAUAGAAGCUGUAGAAGAUAAUAUUCUCAAUUGUGCAGGAUCCUUGCUGUUUGAGUGGCUGUUUUUUAUCAUAAGGCUGAAUGAUAUCACUAUAUUACUGGCUGAGCUCCACCAUAUUCCCUGGCUUAAAUACAUGUGGAAAAUGGCACUCCUUCUAUUGCAGAUUUUUUUGGGUGAAG